GGCGGAUGAUAUCCACCGGCUGAUCUGUGUAGGCGGAAUGGAGGUCUAUCCUCCCGAAAGUGAAAGGAUGAUGGAGGCUUGGCUUGACGACAACCUAGAGUUCGCACAUUCUUAUUUUGCACGAAAGGCUUCUCGGGAAAUGGUCAACGCUUGGUUUGCUGAGCGUGUCCACUCCAUUCAGCCAUCUAGGGAAGAAUCAAAACCCCCGGCAGAACCUUUAUCGGCCCUCCAUCCAACUGAUGCGCCAUCUCCAAGUCCAGCUCCAUCCACCCCUACACGAAAGAUCUCUGCAUCUGAGUUUGAUAGGCCGCUUCGCCCCAUUGUUGUGAAAGACGCUGAGGGUUCGCUUACUUUUCUUAGUGAUACAGAAAGGGUGCAGAUGCCACUUCCUCCACCCCAGCGGUCUGGCUCAGGCAAUGGGACAGAUGAGGGUGGAGGUAUUAUGAAUUCAGGAGUUCACGAAAAUGGGGACUGCUGUGCUCGUCUGCUGGAGCUUGUACGUGAUGUUUCAAGUCACUUGGACCUUACUGCCCUCUGCCACAAGAUCUUCUUACACACUCAUGAGCUGAUAGCUGCGGACCGCUAUUCGUUGUUCUUGGUUGGAGAGGACAGUUCAAACAGGAAGUUCCUGGUUAGCCGGCUCUUUGAUGUCGCAGAAGGAUCCACUCUUGAGGAGGCUUCCAACAGUGGUAUUCGCCUAGAAUGGAACAAAGGAAUUGUGGGAUAUGUGGCAGCCACCGGACAGCCUCUGAACAUCAAGAAUGCAUAUGAGGAUCCACGGUUUAAUGCAGAAGUGGACCAAAUUACAGGAUAUAAGACGCAGAGCAUCUUGUGUUUGCCCAUCAAAAACCACAGAGAAGAAGUUGUUGGAGUGGCGCAAGCAAUCAAUAAAAGGUGCGGAGAGAACAGUGCCUUCACAGAACAGGAUGAGAGGGACUUUUCUUCAUACCUGGCUUUCUCUGGCAUAGUGCUACACAAUGCACAGCUCUAUGAGACAUCACAGCUGGAGAACAGGCGAAACCAGGUGUUGUUGGAUCUGGCUAGUCUGAUCUUUGAGGAGCAGCAGUCUUUGGAGGUCUUACUGAGGAAAACUGUGGCCACUAUCUUGUCUUUCAUGCAGGCCCAAGAAUGCACUGUCUUCAUUUCUGACAGGGAAACAGCUAACACAUUCUCCAGUGUGUUUCACAUGGAAUACGUGGAGCUUGCAGGAUCCGUGGACUUCCCAAACAG